AUGGACCAACAAGAGGGUAACACGUGGACAAUGCCACCGUUCUGGGCGGUUGAGCAGCGAAACCGCCGCCGUCUUCGCCGCUCUUACUCUCUGUUGCUCACCUCCACCUCCCUCCUCGUACUCUUCCUCGUACUCGUGCUGGUGUUCUCGCUCAUCGUGGUUCCGACGUUGCACUCGUUCGCUUCCAACAUCUUCAAACCUCGUACAGUUAAGAACAGCUGGGACUCCCUCAACCUCGUACUCGUUCUCUUCGCCAUUUUUUGCGGCUUCCUCAGCAGAAACAACAACACCUCCGAAACCCUAACUCCGCGCUCUCGCAGAACGUUCUCGAACCCUUCAACGCCACCAUCAGCAUGGUACCAAAACGAUUACUCUCAGAUUCAUAAUCGAUCGUUUAAUAGGUUGAGGAGCUUUAAUUCCUACCCCGAUCUGCGGCAACAGAUCGCCGCCGAUGAAAGGUUCCGGUUUUAUGAUGAUACUUACCUUCUCCGGCACCGGAACAUGAGAACUGAGACUGAAGAAGAAGAAGAAAAGGAAAUAGGAAUUGAUAAUGUUGCCACUGCGCCGCCGCAAUCGCCGCCGCAACAGGGAAUGGAAGCUGUUGGAAGAAAUGUCAAGCGAGCAUAUCAAGUGGAAACCGUCGAGGAGCAUAAAAAGGAAGAUUUAGAUGCGCAGAUUUCACCGCCGCCGCCGGCGACGAGAUCAAAAGGUGUUCGACGGAAUGUCAAGCGAACAUAUCAAGCGGAAGCCGUUGAGAAACAUGAAACAAAUGAUUUUCCUGUGAUGGAUUCACGACCGCCGCCGGUGACAAUAACCAAAGGUGUUCGACGAAAUGCAAAGCGAACAUAUCAGCCAGAAACCAUGGAGAAACGCGAAACAAACGAUUUUGAUGAGCAGAAUUCACAAACGCUGCCGUCACCUCCGCCGCCGCCGGUGACACGAAGGAGAGGAGUUCGACGAAAUGCCAAGCCGGAAGGAAAUGAUUCCGUUGUGAAGAGUUCACCCCCACCUCCACCACCUCCGCCGCCGUUGCCUGCGGAGGAGGCGAGGACAGUGUCGGGUAAGAAGAAAAGAGGGAGUGCUACUAAAGAAUUUUUGAUAUCUUUAAGAGGGAAGAAGAAGAAACAAAGACAAAGAAGCGUUGAAAAUUUUGAUAUCAUUCUAGGUUCUGAAUCAUUAUUUUCACAACCCCCUCCACCACCGCCACUGCCACCACCUAAGGUUUUUCAGAACUUGUUUUCUUUGAAGAAAGGGAAACACAAAAACCGUCACAUUGCUUCUGUGGCAACAACAACAACAAGCGUAUCAAACAAGAGGGAUCAUGGUUCUUCCUCUAGGUUGCAAGAUAAUGUGACGAUGGCUGGCAAUGAGUCACCAUUAAACCCUAUUCCUCCUCCGCCACCACUGCCGCCGUUCAAGUUGCCGGGGUGGAAGUUCCGGGUGCAGGGUGACUUUGUUAGGGUAGACAGCAUGGGUAGUUCACGUAGUGGAUCACCUGAUGAUUUGGAUGAAGUUAGUGUGGACACACCGACAACUAGUACUCAUGAUGAAACAAGCCAAGUCAAUAGUCCUUUUGCCAAAGACAGUGAAGAUUCUGCAAGUGUGAGUGCACCCUCAUUGUUCUGUCCUAGCCCUGAUGUUGAUACCAAGGCUCACAACUUCAUUGAGAGCUUCAGGGCUGGUUUGAGGAUGGCGAAGAUGAACUCCAUGAAGGAGAGGCAGGGGAUUGGGAGGUCCAAUCUAGCCCCUUCACCAAACCAUGAAUGGAACUAG